GUCACGUGAUCUCCCAUGGCAACCGGUGAGUGGCACCAGUUCGGCGGUGGGAGAGGUGCAGCUCCGGUCCUGCUGAGCUUCAAAUCUACUUUGUGACAUCUCUGCUUUGAGCUGACACUGGCUGUGACAUCUUUCUGCAAGGACAGAGCAGAGUUCAUGGUACUUUGAGCUUCAGAGACUGCGGGGAAAGAGCGCGAGCUGAAAACCAUGAGCCACUUCAACCCAGGACUUAUUUCAACCUACAACAGCCUCACAGACAAACAUCUCGCUGGGUAUUUUAGCAGCACUCGAAUUAGGAGACACCUGCAAAGAGCAGGACUGAUCACCAGGAGUGGACGUAUUGUUCCAGAUAAGGAGUACAGACACAAGUUGAUCCAGAGAACCCACCAGAGGCAUGUCCGGGAAUGCCUUGCUCAGGCCAUUUUCCACAAGGUGCUGGAGAUGGAGCGUCUCCAUCAAGUCGAGAUCAAAAAGAAACUGGAGGAGUAUGCAAGGAGGGAAAGAGUGCAUAAGAUCAAGGUGGAGCGCCCCAAAAGGUGUGAGGAAGAUAUUCUUCGCAUCUUGUCUCCCCAUCCACCCGUUGGUGCGAGGAGCAUCCAGAAACAGCAUUCCGGACCAGAGGGGGAGCACUCUGAAUCCUCUGAAUCUCCGAGCUCAUCAAGACCAAACACAGCUCCAGGAAAGAUGCAGAGGCCGGUGCGCCUGAAGCCGAUCCACAGCAACAGCACCACCGCUUCGGUCAGACGCAGCUCUCCUUACAGACACCACGAGACCUCUCAGGACAGCGACCCGCCGUUCAACCGCACAAUGAACAAGCAGUCUCGCAGACGUUUAACCACAAAGGAGGCCUCCCAUGGCGUCUCACCCUACCUCCUCCCAGUCAUCAACAACUUUGUGACACCGGUACCUCCAGCAGCAAAGAGGAAAGAGAGGGGAGUGAAAAUCACCCCCAACAACACUGUCAGAGGCCGCAGACUGCUUCCUACCACCGCCUCCAGUAGUGCUGACGUCACUGAGAACCCCCCAUGGGUGAGGAGCUCUGUUCACCAGAGCAGAGUGUGUGUAAACAUGGUGUACUUUGGCAAAACGGUGCAUCUCUUCCAUGAUAUAAACUAUAUGAGGGAUGAGGUCCAGGUGUUUCAGCAGCACUGUGGAGGAGAAAACCUGUGUGUGUACAAGGGAAAGCUUCGGGAGGGAGAGAGUUUUCAAUUUAUUUCAAAGAGACACAGAGGUUUCCCCUUCAGCUUGACCUUCUUCCUGAACGGGCUGCAGGUGGAGCGGCUGAGCUCCUGCUGUGAGUUCAAACACAGGAAAGGUUCCCGACUUGGUGGCAGGCUUGGACACUUUGGUUUUUCUAAUGUAGAGGGGGCGUCUCCCUGUUACAGGUGCAUCAUAGCAAUGGGGCUAGACAAAAAACCAACUCCUCCACCAAAGAGGGUCAAAGAAGAAGAACCACAAGAGGAAUCAGCCACUAGCUCAAACAAGUCUCCUGAGAUGGAGUCUGAGAGGACUGUGGGGGAUGUUGCCUCCCCCUCAGAGUGCGAAACCAGGCAAGCACAUGACACGGAGACGCGAGUCAGAGAAAAAACAGCUCCUGAGGAAGAGAAAGUUAGAGAUGAUUAUGAGGAAGACUUUGAAGCAGAUGAUGAAGGCCCAAUAGAAGAGGCAGAGACAAAAGAAGAAAAAUCUCCCUCUCCAUCCAGUGAAACUGAAAGGCAGGUUUCAGAGGAAGACUCUGAAUCAGAAGAUGAUGAGAAAGAAGACUUAAAGUCUCACUCAGGUUCCAGUUUCUCAGCCAGUGAUCAGGAGGAGAGUGAUGCUGAAGCCACAAAAGACUGUAAAAAGGAUGAGAAUCAACUUCAGGAGGACAAUCAAGAAGAAGCUGCUGCCUCAACAGAUGAAAAAGAUGAACCGAAUCCAGAAGAGACUGCUGCCACAGAGAUCGAGUCUGCUUUGGCCAAAGAUUCAGACAUACGUAACAGUGCUGAGGACAGUACAGAGAUUGAGAUUUCUGACACCAGCGUCCCCUCGGGAGCCGAAAAUAAACAAAGUGAUAACACCUCAGGAGAUCAAAAUGAUGAAAAACCAGUAGAGGAGAGCAAAAAUAAUAAAGAACAGGAGAGGGUCAAAUCCGUGCAGGAGAAACUGGCAGAAGCCAUCUUGAAGGGAUCCCAGUGUAGCUCUGAGCCUGAACUUAGCGACACCAGCACUGAGGAGGAGGAGGAAUCUACAGAUAAAGGCUCCAAACAGAAGAACGAAGAUGAAAAUACAUCUUCAGAACAGCAGCAGACACUUGUUAACGAGAAGAAAUGUGAAGAAAUUACAGAUGGUGAAGUGGCACAGAAAGAAGAGGAGGUGUCUGAGGCAGAAAAUCAGGAGGAUGCUGAGCAAGAGCCUCGUGACAGCAGUGGCAGCACCAAAGACGAGAAAGUCAGUAAAGUGGAGGAAGAUGAAAAAGCUGAUGAAACCACAGCAGAGGAACAUAAAUCAGAGGAACCAGGUGAAUCAGAGCUUCCUAUACAUGAAGAAAAUGUGUCUCAAGAUGACAAGACUGCAGAUCCUCUUGAAGAAUCUAAAUCUGAUAAUGCUGAAGCUGCAGAGAAUGAUGAAGACAGCGAUGAGAAAACUGCUGUGGAGACUGAAAUUCUGCCUGAUGAAAAGGGGCAAGGGGCAAAAAGCAGAGAAGAGGAUGAGUCGUCAGCACCAGAGCCGAGUAAAAAGACUGAUGAGACAGCAGUGCCAGAUAAUGCAGAGGUGGAGGCGAUGACGACAAGCGAGACAAUGGAGAUCAAAGCUGAGUCCUCAGAGGAGCAAGAGGCCCUCAGCUGUGAAGAGGCACCUGAAACAGACGCAGAGAGGAGGCAAGAGGCAGACAGUGAUGAUGGAGCUGCAGCAUCACAAACUGAAGUCACACCAGAGAAUUUAAGUAGCUUUCCAGAGGAGUGUGAAGACUCCAUGGCUGAAAAGACAGCAGAGGAUAAUAUAGAGGAUGAGACCAGUAAAGAUGACAUUAAAGAAGAAGAAGAAGAAGCAGGACAAACAUCAGGAGUGGGGGCUAGCAAGGAUGACAGCCAGCAAGAAAAGUGUGAGCCAGAAGAAGAGAGGAUAGAUACAUCUGUGGAAGUAGAUGAAAAAAUAGAGAAGCAGGAAUCUGAGAAAGAUGCUCAGGAGGAUGAAGAACAAGCUCAUAUAAAUUCAGAGGAGAUAGAAGAUGAAAAUACUCAGGAAAGAGAUACCAAUGAAACAGAACAAGAAGGUAAUGACAAAAAUUAUGUAGAUGAGAGCGCUGAUGAAAAGCAAAACAUAGCAGAAGGUACUGAAAAUGACACAAAUACAGAAGAAAAUGAAAUAGAAGAAACAGAGAAAGCUCUCAAUGAGGAAGAUAAAGCUGUAAAUGAAGAGGAGGUAGAAGAACCAGAAAAUAUAGAGGAGGAUGAGACUAAUCUUAAUAAAAUUCUUGAGGAUAAAGAAGAAAGUGAGAUGAAAAUAGCUGAGGAAGAAAAAGAUGAUGGAGCAGAAAUUUCAGUGACAGAGGAAUAUGAGGAAAAAGAUGCAGAGACUAAAGAUGAUGAAGAAGGUCAAGAGAAUAAAGAUGUCACUGAGAAAACCACAGAAGAAGAGGAAGGGCCAUCUGAGAUUUCUGAGAAACAUGAAGAGGAAAAUUUGGAUAGUAAGAGAUUAUCUCCCGAAAAUAUUGUUGAGUCAGAGGACGUUGAUAGCAGUGAAGCGGCAGAUGAGAAAAAACCAACACAGGAAACAAUAAAUGAAACAGACGCAGAAAUUGAUGGAAGAUCAAGUGAAAAAGGAGAAACUGAUGCUGAAAAUGGGGAGAUCUCUGUCGAAGCUGAGAGCAAACCUUAUAAAGAUGAGCAAGAGGCUGCAGAAAAUGAACAAACAGAUUUAAAAACAGCAGAGGAGGCUGAGGAGGAAAGAAAAACAGAGGAGCCGAGUGAAGGUGAGAGCACAGAGGAAAAAGAAGAAACUGUAGAGUCUGGAAAGAUUGAAGAUGACAGAGCUGAUACCGUAGAGAGGAAUACUGAAGAAGAGAAUGAUGGUGUGGCAAAGUUUGAUGAAUCAGCCAAAAAUUCCCCAAAGCCUGAGAUGUCUGGUUUGGAAUCAAAGGAGGUUGAAUCAGAUGAGAUAAAAGUCAGCGAGGAAACAGAGCAAGAUGAAAACAAGUCUGAUCUUGAUCAGAAAAACACAGAGUCAGAUUCAAUGGAAAACAACAAUAACAUUGAGAGUAACAGUGUGGUUGCUCCUAUAGAGGUUCAGGAAGAAUCUUCAGCACAACCAACUCUUGAUGUAGAUUGUUCUUCAAGCCAAUUGUAUCAAGAAGAGUCCAAGACUGAAAUGCAUGCACAUACUGACGAAUCUGCAGCUGGUGCUGACCUCUCUGCUGCCGAUGGAGAAAAUGAAGUGGAUGUGGAGGAGGUGAGCAAAGCCUCAGAGGAAGGAGCAAGUGUGCUGCUCAAACCUCAAGCACAAAACCUGGCGGAUAAUGAGAAACAGUACAUUGCUCUUGGUGAAGAAACUCGAGAGGCCUUAGCAAAAGAAGACAACACAGACAUGGUCACAAACUGGAUAAACAGGCACCAGAUAUCAAAUUUUUUUGAAACGUUUGUUGAGCCUUUAGAAGAUCUGGAGGGAGAAGUCUCAAACACUCAAAUAUCCAACGUAAAUAAUAAGGAAUCAGAGUCUACAGAGCUGGAGAGAUCACAGAGUCCAGUAAAGAUGGUGUUUGGUGAUGAGGAAGAAAUGCACAAGCUAAAAGAUGAAGAGGAGUCAAGGGACAAAACUCAAUUAGAAGCAGUAGAGUCAGACCUUAACAGCAUGCCUGAUGCAGAUGAGCAUGAUGAGAAUGAUCCAAAAGCUGGAGGACUGGAAGAGAAGACAGAGGUGAAAUGCUUAAUAGAAAAUGAAGAAACUGAUCAAGGCGACGGAGAGUCUGUAAAAGAGAUGAAGAAGCCACAGGAGAAUGAAGAAAGCAGGGAAUCAUUUGAAGAAGACAAAGCUCAAAAUGAGCCAACACAAGAAACCCAUGAGAAAAAUACAUUUUCUAAAACUGAAGUAGAAAGCUUCUCAGGUUCCAUCGAACCUGAGGGCACUUUAGAAAAUGCUACCAAUAGUGGUGCAAACAUGAAUGUAAACCAAACGGCAACUGAUCUUUCAUUCAAGACAGAAGAGCCUAAUGAAUCAAAGAGUCCAGAUGGAGAGAAAGAUGCAGGUGAAACACAGGAUGAAGCAGACAAAAAAAGUCAAGUUACAGAAACAAAUGAUUUCACAGCAUCGAAGUCCGAAGUUGGAGACCAAGAGGAGUCCCAUGCUGAAGAGAUCCAAUCUGAAGCCUCAGAAGAGACUUUUAAGGGAGAGAGACUAGACAGAAAUCUGAUCCAAGAGAUCAAACAAACUUUUGUUAAUGACCGGCUGAGCACUUUCUCAGUGGAUGAAAAACUGUUUGGUCAAAGUUCAUAUCCUUUACUAGCUGCUACACGGACUGAGAGUGGACAUUAGAGCUGCUCGGCUCAGAGCUCAGUAAGGUAAAACAUACUGUUUGUUAGUUAUAUAAAGAAACAAGUUAUAAAAGUAAACCAUUUAAAAAGAUGCACAGACAACUCCUUUAAUAAUAACAGCAUUUAUAAUGAGUGUAGAAGGGUUUUCAGAGGUGAACACUAAAUGACUUUAGGUUUGAUCGUCAUCAAGCCUCCUUUCAUCCAUGAUUUACCAUGAAGAAAAAAACGCACAAGGAGUUUUGGCUGCUGCAUAACAUGUUUACAAUAGAGCAUCUCUUCCUGUUGUUAGUACCAAUGAGGCGUAGUUUGAGUGUGGGAUCAAGUACAGCUGAUAUCACCUAUUACCUGUAAACAGAUACUCUUCUACUUACGCUCACAGAUAAUUGAAUAAUUCAUAGCUGUCAGACUCCCACAUCUUUAGCUUACCUCUAGUACACUUUACAUUUCCACCAACUGGCUACAAGGACUCCAGCUUUCAUCAGACGUCUGUAAUUGAGACUGUUUGUGACCAUUUCUGUCAGUACUCUGACAUGAUUACUCAGUGACAUUAUCAGCAACAGCAGAAUUAGGCUGAUGAUGAUUAGCCUAACGAAAUGUCAAAUGGCCCUUGCUGCUAACACAAUCUCUUUAAUGAACAUGUAUUAGCGUUGUCUAUUAAUCUCAUGUUUAGGUCAAGUUUGGCUUUGUGAGGUCUCGGCAUUUCAUGUGACAUCUGUCAGUGGCUGACAGCUUGUGUGAUCU